GCUCAUUUCAGCACCAGGCUGGCCGCGGACAGCAGCGGCGGCGGCGGCGGCUCAGGCUCGGCGACUCUCCGCUUCUCCCCCUGCGGGCUCCGCUUCGGCGCUGGGGGGCCGGCGGGUCCCUGCCCCUGUGCGUGUCUCUCCCCCCCGGGCGCCCUCCGCGGCGCAGGCUGAGCCAGCCCCGAGCGGCGCGGACGGGGCGGUGAGGGGCGCGCCUCCCUCGCCCGGAGACUGUCUGUGGGGCGGAAGGGGGAGAGAGGACGGAGCGAGAAGGGGGCGCAGCUUCCAGCCCGCUUUCCCUGGGUGGUUCAUGAUUUUAUUGGUGACAAGAUGACGAUUCAUAUUUUUACCAAAGGACCCAGUGAGUCAUCUUAUUAACUCUACUGAAGUACAUGAUUAGCAAUAUUCCUACCACAGAGUUCAGACAAGAUGAUCAGAAUGAUCCCUUCUGGCCUUGUUAACCAACUGACUUCACAAUGACUGAGGAUUUAGAUCACAGAUUCAGUUGUCUCACUUGGGAUCAGAUAAAAAUACUGGAUCAAGUAUUAACUGAGGUAAUACCUAUUCAUGGAAGAGGAAAUUUUCCAACACUCGAGGUAAAGCCAAAGGAUAUCAUUCAUGUUGUAAAGGAGCAGCUUAUUGAGAAGCAAAUCACUGUUAGAGACAUCCGCCUGAAUGGUUCAACAGCUAGUCACAUCCUUGUGAAACAGAAUGGAACUAGCUACAAAGACCUGGACAUCAUUUUUGGUGUUGAACUACCAAGUGAACAAGAAUUUCAGGUUGUUAAGGAGGCAGUGCUGAAUUGCCUACUGGACUUUUUACCAAAAUGUGUCAAUAAAGAAAAGAUCACUGCUCAGACUAUGAAAGAUGCAUAUGUGCAAAAGAUGGUCAAAGUCUCCACUGAUCACGACCGCUGGAGCCUCAUCUCAUUGUCAAACAACAGUGGGAAGAAUGUAGAACUAAAAUUUGUAAACUCACUCAGACGACAGUUUGAAUUUAGCGUUGACUCCUUUCAAAUAAUACUGGACUCCAUGUUAAAUGUUUACAGUGAUACAGAAUGUGAAUUGACAGAAGACUUACAUCCCACCAUUAUUGCAGAGAGCAUGUAUGGAGACUUCAAUGAGGCAAUGGACCAUUUAAAAUACAAACUUAUUUCCACAAGGAACCCUGAAGAAAUCAGAGGUGGAGGCCUUCUGAAAUACAGCAACCUUCUGGUUCGUGACUUUAAGCCAGCAGAUGAGGCUGAAAUUAAAUCUUUAGAACGUUAUAUGUGUUCCAGAUUCUUCAUUGAUUUUCCUGAUGUGGCUGAGCAGCAAAGGAAAGUUGAGUCAUAUUUGCGCAACCAUUUCAUUGGGGAAGAAAAGAGCAAGUAUGACUACCUGAUGACUCUGCGCGGAGUUGUGAAUGAGAGCACAGUGUGUCUUAUGGGACAUGAACGACGACAAACACUGAACAUGAUUACAAUUCUUGCUUUAAAAGUACUUGGAGAACAAAACAUCAUCCCAAAUGCAGCCAACGUAACAUGCUACUAUCAGCCCGCUCCAUAUAUCAGUGACAGGAACUUCAGCAAUUACUAUGUUGCUCAUGGACAGCCACCUGUCAUCUACCAGCCAUAUCCAUUUCAUAUACAAAUGCAAAGUGGAAUGGUUUAGUAAAAGUUAGCCUCCUCACUGCCCACCCCGCUACCCUAGUUGUCCAAAAUAAAGGCCUCAUUACAGCAAGUGUUACAUCACUCAAUUUCAUUUUUUGUGCAGAUUGCCAAUGGCCUUUGAUCAGUCAGGGCUGAAAACAUCAGUAAGCAUAUCAUGAAAUUUUGUUUAUGUAAAAUCACUGGCCAUUAUUUAACAAGUUCACGAUGACUGUCAUAUGUUCUUAAAGCAGACAUACUCUGUGACUGAACUGUCCAUCCUUUUUGGCCAAAAAG